AGCCCACUGUACGGACGGGUAGCUGCUCGAGCUCCACUUAUUUUAGGGGCGCGUCUUUGCUUCAGCGCAAUAAGUCUUUUCAUCUGCGGUACAAGACGGCCUGUUACGAGGCGGGUGUGAGAUCAGCGAGGGGAGAGAUCGCGAAGAAGAGGGACUACAGUGGCUCGUCGUCCACCAGCCGUACUGCUGUUGGCUUUGGCGAUUGAAGUUUUGUGUUUAAUAUGCAAAUACUGACAAAUUCACCUAUCAAAUAAGGGGAUUUUCACGGGAAUCAAGAAAGAAAAGCAACUUAAACAUCCUUGCCACGAAUCGGACCUACGGGAUCACAUUAUUACGAUUCUCAGUGAGUCAUCCUUCGGGGCCGUGUCAAGACAGAGAGAUCACGAUGACGUCACACACUGCCGACAGGACUGUCUUCUACAUCGCAGUUCUCUUUGCCUUUUCUUUCUUUCUAACAGUAUGUAAAGGGCAGGAUCGUUGCCAGGGCCUAGAGAAUGAGUUGAGACGACUACCCGGUGAAGUGAAAACCAGUUGCAUUGUUGAGUAUCAGCGUUGUGAAAGAGGACUGUGGAGGAACGCGAGAUGUGAGGCCGGCGUCAUUGACUUCUCUCUCAAAUACUGUACUCCGUUCAAUACAUCGUGUCCCGCUACAGCCAGACUUGCAGAACUGCGAGCACAGGGUACGAUAGAAAGGAAAAAGAGAGAAGCGUUCACAGAAAUGUAUAUAUCCAAAGCAGAGACACGAGCGUCAAGGUACAAGAGACAGACAACGGUUGACUGUGCAUAUUCCUACACGUGCCCUUCGGAUCUCACUAUGCUGACCAUCUACCCCGACUGGACUCAGUGUGAAAAGUACAUUGUGUGUCUUGCCGGGGAGCUGAUCCGCACCACGUGUAAGCCCGACUACAACUACUACAACCCGAGCAGACUGAGCUGUGAGGAGUACGCAUCUCGGACAAACAUUUGCGUCUGGAGGGGCCGUACUUUGGACGCGUAAACCGAGGCGCCCAUUUUGUUUGUAAUUAACAGCUUUUGGAGAAAACUGCUAUUACUUCUUUUUAGUACUUUCUACAAUAAUAAUGAAUUAUGGUUGUAAUAAACUCGUAUUUCUUUUUUUUUGGUGGU